GGAAAAUGGGAGCGGUGACAAAUUCUCAUAUACCCUGGAUUUUGUUUGUCGCUGCUCUUAUUACCCAAGUUGGUUGCGGCAAAUGAAAUACAGUUUGGAUGAGCUGCAAUGCAUAGCUGAAUGGAUGUGCCGGUUAUUAUGCGCUCAACUUUGUGCUUUGGAUAGUAUGAAAGCUCGAGCCACAAAAGUGGCUAUACCACCGUGAGAGUGCGGCGUCAAGGCCUAGCCAUUAUCGUCUCUGGAAACAUGGGCAUCUUGGAUUCUUUCAUUAGUUUUGACAACAUACGGGAGCUGAAGAGACUGUGUCACUGGGGCCCCAUCAUUGCUCUUGGUGUUAUAAUAAUCUGCUCCAUUGUGGCAAUCCUAGACUCCAUUCUGUGGUAUUGGCCGCUGGAUACAUCAGGGGGGAGUCUGAACUUUCUGACACUAAUUAACUGGACGGUUAUGAUUCUUUACAAUUACUUCAAUGCAAUGUUUAUCGGCCCUGGAUUUGUCCCUCUCGGAUGGAAACCGGGGAAUACUCAUGACUGUAUGUACCUGCAGUAUUGCAAAGUGUGCGAGGCCUACAAAGCCCCCCGCUCCCACCACUGCCGAAAGUGCAACAGAUGUGUACUGAAGAUGGACCAUCAUUGCCCCUGGAUAAACAAUUGCUGUGGACAUCAAAAUCAUUCCUCCUUCACACUGUUUUUGCUGCUGGCCCCUCUGGGUUGUAUCCAUGCCUCUUACAUCUUUGUUAUGACCAUCUACACGCAGCUGUACAACAGAAUCUCGUUUGGGUGGAACACAGUGAAGAUUGAUAUGAGUGUGUCCCUCCGGGAUCCUGCACCUAUUGUUCCCUUUGGGAUUUCUGCAUUUGCUGUGACCCUAUUUGCUCUUGGCCUGGCUCUGGGUACCACAAUCGCUGUAGGGAUGCUGUUUUUCAUUCAGAUGAAAGUUAUUCUGCGAAAUAAAACCUCAAUUGAAUCGUGGAUAGAAGAGAAGGCCAAAGACCGAAUUCAGUAUUACCAGACUGGAGAGACCUUUAUUUUCCCCUAUGAUUUGGGAAGCAGGUGGAAGAACUUCCGUGAGGUGUUCACGUGGACAGGUUCUUCAAAUGGAAACGGGAUCGAUUGGCAUCUGCGUCAAGGAUGUCACAAAUACACAUUAACAAUCGAGCAGCUGAAACAAAAAGCGGACAAGCGUGUACGCAGUGUACAGUACCAAGCAGUAGAAGACUAUAGUGGUGCUUGUUGCCCUCUGACCAAAGGCAUUCGGACUUUCUUUACCACACCCUGCACAGAGGAACCCCGAAUGAAGCUCCAAAAAGGGGAACUUGUUCUAGCGACCAGAGGCUUGAAGAAUUGGAUGUACGGGGAGAAGAUUUGUGACGGUGACUUACCCGAAGAUGGAUCGAGAGUGAGGGGCUGGUUCCCCCGACGCUGUGCAGUAAAAUAUGUCUCUGACACAGGCUCUGACCAGUCUGAUGACGAAAAGAAAUCUAGAUAACCCCCUCCUGAGACCCACGUAUGGUACCUUCAGAACAACCAGGCAGUGAACUGAAAAUCUAUCCAGUAAUUCACCAGUUAACAAACCAGCAUUAAUGACUGAGGCUGGGUUAAGGGUUCAUGUAACCUACCUCUACAAUGGCAGCUGGGAGUCUCCGCACACUAGGGCGGAAUUACCUUCAUCUAUUUCCUGGAAACGUCCCCCGUCUGAACUACUUGAUCUAGUUUCUGUAACCAUUGAAGGUGACAAAACCUAAACUGAGAAUAAACAGGGGAAUAGCAAAGAUUAGGAGAGUUUAGAUUUAUAUAGCUGAAUCCGAAAAAUAACAGAUUUAGAGAAUGAGUCAUAUUCAGCUGUCUAAGCCCAAAAAUUGAAUCCCUUUCAAUUUCUGACCAUUUUUAUAGCAGGAUUUAGUAAAUGCAGCCAGGGUUAGAAAACUACUACUAAAGACCAAUCGCACCUCGAACAUAAACCUGAGGGAUGGUGAAAUGGCCCAUCUAUGCCAAUCUCUCAUUGGGGCUAGAUCUACCAUUGCAUUGUUACUUCAGGCUAUUAAACACACUAUGGAGAAUCUCUUUGACCCCUUUGUAAAUCUACUUCAGCAGACAUGACAACCACCAUCACAGGAGUUGUAGUUCUGCAAUGGUUGGGGUGAUGAUUGCCUUUUGGCCAGCCCAACCUUAAAGGUUUAUUUAUUGAACAAUGAUUGAGGUGAUUCAACAUCACAGAUGGCGCUUAUAUGCUGAAAAAUGCAAAAAGUUGGCGCAAAAAAAUCUCACACUUGGCCAACUUAGAGAUUUGUUCCAGUUUGCCAAAGCUCAUUGCUUAGUGAAUAAACCCUUAGUCUUGUUUAAAAAAUGUUCUUUUUCAUACCAAAUAAUAUGCAAAUGUCUUUAAUGCAUUUCCUAGCGGAGCGUGUAUGUAACGAUCCCUCGAUGUUUCCUGGGGGCAAACUGUAUUAAAAUGUUAUUCGUAACGUGCUGUUUUAUUAUCUGAUAACCGUGUGUUCUCUCCACUUACAUUAGAAUAUUUUUAUCUUGUUAAAUUUCUUCUGAACUCUGACCUUUUAUACAGUUGUACAGUCUGUCAAUUGGUAAUAAAAGGGAAAAGCCAAA